AGUGUUCUGGUGUUAUUUAUUUUGAUGCAAAGGAAAGGAUAACAGAGGCAGAGAAACUAAACACUCGAAGAGCAGAAACUAGACGGGGUGUUUUGGCGGUUAGGGUUUAAGGUUUACUACGAUAACCAUAGAAGAAAACACAUAGGGUGGUGUUUCAAUGUUUAGAAUUUAGGGCUCAAGAGGAUUAUGAUAGAAGAAAACAUAUAUAGUGUGAAUCGCAGGUUGUCGUGGACGUGAAAAAUGGUACUCAUCACUGCACCGGUGACAACAGUACCAACCCACCACCUAUUCUUCGACGAAAACGUUGAUUUAAAGAACAGCAAGCUACGUACUUUGCCUUCUCCCAACCAUCAACUCGAGUUUCGACUACCCUUGCGCCACCCCAUUCACAACUUCCCUAACCACACUUCCCCACAACCCCUUACUCAAACAACUACUUUCACUAAGAAGAAGAAAAAGAAGAAGAGAAAAGGGGCCACAACCUCUGACAUAUUGCACUUGAUGGAAGCUCUACCCUUUCCCGUACCCAUUGACAUCUACACCUCUCUCAUAAAAGAGUGCACUGUUUCCGGCGACCCAGAAACCGCCAUUGAGUUGGCCACCCACAUCUCCAAGAGCGGCAUCAAACCCCCAUUGCCCUUCCUCAAUAGGAUUCUCGUCAUGUUCGUGUCGUGUGGUUUGUUGGAAAAUGCGCGCCACAUGUUUGACAAAAUGCGUGUGAGGGACUUCAACACUUGGGCAACCUUGUUUGUUGCUUACUAUGAUAAUACCGAUUACGAGGAGGCUACAAAUGUUUUUGUUAACAUGUUAACCCAAUUGGGUAUGAUGGAAUUUCCUCCGUGGAUAUGGGCUUGCCUUCUCAGGGCCUGUGCCUGCACUGUGAAUGUACCUUUAGGAAUGCAAGUUCAUGGAUGGUUGUUGAAGUUGGGUACCUGUGAUCAUGUGCUUCUCAGCAGCUCCUUGAUCAACUUUUACGGGAGAUUCACAUGCCUUGAAGAUGCGAGUGUUGUCUUCGAUGGGGUGUCACGACAUAACACGUUGACUUGGACGGCUAAAAUUGUUAGUGGUUGCAGGGAAAGGCAUUUCUCUGAGGUUUUUGACGACUUCAAGGAGAUGGGAAUGCGAGGGGUGAAGAAGGACUGCUUCACGUUUUCUAGUGUUCUCAAGGCAUGUGGGAGGAUGCUGAAUCAGGAACGAUGUGGUGAACAAGUCCAUGUUGAUGCUAUCAAACUUGGGCUGGUCUCGGAUCACUAUGUGCAGUGUAGUUUGAUUGCCAUGUACGGAAGAUGUGGGUUAUUGGAAGAUGCAAAACGGGUGUUUGAGAUGAGCCAAGAGGAGAGAAAGGUUGAUUGUUGGAAUGCUAUGCUUAUGGGUUACAUACAGAAUGGUUUGUACAUUGAAGCUGUUAAGUUUCUGUAUCAGAUGCAGGCAGCCGGAAUGCAGCCCCGGGAAUCUUUGCUUAAAAAAUUAAGAAUGGCUUGUGGAAGUAUUAGCUACUCAAACAUGAAUUAACUAUAUAAGAAGUAUAUUGUACAUUGACAUGUAAAAAAAGUUGAAUGGAUUCCCCCCUAUAAAAAAAUUGCUUGAGAGUUCAAAUGUCCUGA